AUGGACUGUUCUCAAGACCGUGGAUUUGCAGCAACCCCUCAAACUUACCCCUUGCCUAUUGACAUUGCUCUAAGGGAGUUUGCACAUAUUCCAGUAACAGAGUUUGUCAUUGCAGCCAGACUGGAGAAUGGAGAGGAAAAGACAUAUACUUCGCCUUCGUUAAAACCAUUUCGGGCCAAGAUCUUUACGGAUCAGUUCAAGAAGAAUUUUGCACAUUACAGUCGUCGAGUCUGUGAUGAUAAACCAUACUCAGCGAAUCCAGCUUAUUCUCAGGAUGGUAUGUACAAUGAUUUUGACAUUGAUACGAGACACGGAAGCAAUGGCGGGGACUCAUCAUCAUCAGACGUAAACAGAUUACAUUAUCGUGGCCGCCAGUCGAGGUCUGAGGAUUCUAGUGAAGACAUGACUGGUUGUAAACGAAAACGACCUCAUUUUUCUAGCAACGACAUGCCCAUUCCGGUACCAACCCAGAAAUUUGAACCUCUUGUUAUUGGGAACACCAAGAAGGUCGAGGAGUUUUAUGCGGUCAGAUUCAAGGACAUGCAGCAAUCUGCGUGUAAGGUGAUGGGAAAGGCUUUUGUAAAGUUGGUCGAACCGAAGAAGCAAACACAUCACCCAUACACGAAAGGAGACUGCAAAGCUCCGCCAUGGUGGCCCGAGACUUCUGGAGAGCUUGGUGUUCGACACAAAGAGCCUGACCAUCUGUACAAACCUGAACGUAUCCGAUUACUUGUACAUAUACUACGUAUGAUCAUCGAACCCACACCCACGCAAUGCGAUACGGUGCAGAAAUUGGAGUUGAAUGUCAGAAAGCUCGAAGAAGUGACAAUGGAGGCAAUGUCAAAUUGGUUCAAUGAUAAAGAGCAUCCCGACAAUGCUUCAAAGAGAAAUUUGCUCCGGGAAGUGUUCAAGGUGGCCAAAGCCGAGGAGAGUUACCGGAAUGGAGAGCUGGACGCCGAUGUCGAGAUCCAAGUCAUGACAGGAGAGAGAGGUCUGGGAGAGGACACGGAUGCCGAAGAUGAUUCUUUUAAGGAGGAGGACGAGCAAGACACUAUCGUUCCCACGAAUCACGCGAAUACUCCAGAACUCGUUUCGCCGUCAAUGAUGUCCACGCAUCGACAAUUCGAGCAAGAGCCACAAGCAUUGAUCCAUCAUCGUUCACAUCCUGGAAUGAUUCGCACAUCAAAUCCACAGCACAUAGAAGAAACCUAUGCAGAUCCGAAUUACGGUCGUUCACUUUCUUUUCAACACGUUCAUAGCCCCAACAUCCAAGAUCCGUACCGAGCGAAUCGAGGAUUUGUACCCAAUGUUUCGCCAGGCUUUCAAAGUCCUCAGCAAAGCAUGUACCAAGCACCAUGGUCUAAUUCCAACCCCAUGGGCAUAUCUACGAAUUUCUGCGCUACAAGUUCGCCAGCGUCGGCACUUCCGCCUGCCACAGCUUUUCAAUUACCUGCACCUCAGACUCCUCAUAAUAUGAUGGUUCCUCGCAUGCACCAACCUUUUGAACUUCCUCACCAACGUUACGAUACAGCUCCUGCUCUGGGUCAAUUACGAACAGGGAGCUUAAGCCAUCCACAUCAAAUGCAACCAAGUCCAACGGUUGGGUACAAUGAAUUUAUCCAGGACCCGAAUUCCUACCAAUCCCACGAAUCAAGCGUCAAGGAGGAGCAGCAACACCACCACCAACAACAACUCCGAUCUACAUAG